AUGAAGACUGGCACGCCGUACAACAACGCGACCAAGGGGAAGAUCCCAGCGACUCAGACCCUUCGCAUCGAGAGUAGCACAAAUGGUGGUGUCAGCGAGACUACUCUUUUCGAGACCUACUAUACCUUGAAUGACUGGCACAACUUCGCUCUUGAGCUGGACUUCAACCAGAAUACGAUCACAGGCUAUUACUCCAAGAACCACGACGCCCUCAAGGUCGUCAUUCCGACGAAAGCCAAUAAUAAUGCCGGCGGUGGACUCUAUCAUUUCGGCAUACUGAAAUUGCCUGCGAGCGGUACGGGUAAUGGAAGUGUGACCAUUAGUGGUUAUCAGCCAUCUGGCAUCAACGAGGGUCAAUACUACGGUGGUAUCUUUAUCGAGGACACUUCUGCGCAGCCUGUGACUACCAGCGUUUCAUCAUCUGGAUGGAAGCUCUAG